CGCGUGUGUCAUACUGCAAUACUUUUUAAUUAAUGAAGCAUGGAAGCUGUGAUACGCGUUUGUUUGUGUUUGUUAUUACAUUUUGUCGUUUCGUACUGCUACGAAGAUGCAAUUGUUAUUGAUGCAGCAGAAGAUUCGUCGAACAGAAACACAAAAUUCAAUAGAGAUGCAAAACAAAUGAUUUUCCCACCAGCUUAUGGAUACCCCAUAAACUUCUUACCAGCAAUACCACAACUACCCCAUAGCUUACAAGCUAGCCCUUCACUUAUCGCUACCACCGGCCCUUGCUACAAUAGCAAAGGAGAAUUAGGUAGCUGUAUACCAUUUAGGCAAUGUUAUCCUUAUUUUAAAGUAACCCAAGUAGGUAACUUUGAUACAUGGGUACUAGGAAUGUAUGAUACUUGUAGUUAUUAUACUGCACAGGGUCGCCAGGUGUUUGGAGUAUGUUGUGCCAACAUACCAAAACCAAUCGAUGUAACGUCUCCGUCAACUAAUACCGAAAUUCCCAUAGAAGAUAGUGACGUAACAAAUUCUACCCCUCCAUUAACCAACAGUAAUGGUGCCAAAGUUCCAAACUGGCCUCCACCAAUACCAACUCAUCCGCCAGACCACACAAUCCCACCUCUGCCGACUCACCCUCCAAGUCCAGGUUAUCCUACAACGUCUAAAGCCCCUGCUGUGAUGUUAACCUCAAAAAUAACAACGGUUAAACCUGUCUAUAAGCCCCCGUCAGUAGUAGCCACAACGAAACCAACCACCAAAAAGCCAUCGUACGAGUUUGGAGCUGCGUGUGGUGCUAAAAAUGGUUUCCAAGAUCAAGGCAAAAUUGUGGGUGGUCAUAAUGCUGAAGUUAACGAGUGGCCAUGGAUUGCGGCAUUGUUCAAUAGCGGAAGACAGUUUUGCGGUGGUUCUCUGAUUGAUAAUAUUCAUAUUUUGUCUGCCGCGCAUUGUGUUGCUCACAUGAGCUCAUGGGAUGUUGCAAGAGUAACAGUAAGACUAGGAGACCAUAACAUUAAAACAAAUUCUGAAGUGAAACACGUUGAAAAGAAAGUUAAAAGAGUUGUGAGACAUCGAGGCUUUGAUUCCAGGACAUUGUACAACGAUAUCGCAAUCUUGACCCUAGAAAGUCCUGUAGAGUUCAGUUCUGUAAUAAGGCCUGUAUGUAUGCCAACAGGUAGAGGAAGAGAUUGGGCUGGUUCCACGGGAACUGUCAUUGGUUGGGGAAGUAUACGUGAAAGUGGACCACAGCCAGCAGUUCUACAAGAAGUUAACAUACCUAUUUGGAGUAAUACGGAGUGUAGGCAAAAAUAUGGACAUGCAGCCCCCGGAGGUAUUGUAGAACAUAUGUUAUGUGCUGGACAAGCUAAUAGAGACUCUUGUAGUGGUGAUUCAGGUGGUCCUCUCAUGGUAAACAAUGGAAAAUGGACGCAAGUAGGUAUAGUUUCAUGGGGAAUUGGUUGUGGAAAAGGUCAAUAUCCAGGUGUCUACACUAGGGUGGAGAAAUUUUUACCAUGGAUAACCAAAAACUUAAAGCAAUAA